UGCCAUGACAUUGAAUGUGAUUUUUUGGAAUUCGCUCACAAAUUAAACAGUCCAAAUCUAAAAGUUCCACCAGUGGUAUUUGCGAAACCGUUGAUCAGCGAACUCUGCGAUCCCGGUGUUAUCAUUUUUGAAGAUUUCACAAAAACCACAAGUAUGUCGGCUGCGAACGAUUUAUCAAUCGAAUGUUUAAAGGAGGUUGUCAAAGCACUGGCAGAUUUACAUGCGGCAUGUCUCCUCACAAAAGAUUAUUCAUCCAAAUGGCACUUUCCAUCUUAUAAUCGAUUGAACUUGACGCAACUUAUGCGGGCAGUUUUCAUUUUCAAAAAUGCUAAUCCGGUUUUAUUCGGGCAGACGUUCGAUCGCAUUCAUGAAAUUAUCGAAGAAAUUCUGAGAAUACAUUACGAUAGCACCGAUAAACAUAAAAGAGAUUCCGGCCCAGAAGUACUCGUUCACGGCUAUUUGCUACCAGAAAAUAUACGCUGGAAGAAACCAGAAAAUCCAGAACAUUCUGUUAGUGAGCUAGCGUACAUCAUCAACUGGCAGAAUCUUCGCCUGGGUACGGUAACGGAGGAUCUGGUGUAUUUUUUGUGUUCCUCAACAUCGUCGGAAACACGACGUGCAGCAAUUCAUGAGCUCAUCAAACAUUAUAUUGCACGAUUUGAGCAGAAAUAUGAGAAAUCAAUUCUGGAAUUAAUAAAUCGAGAAUUUCGUUUCCAAGCGCUACGAGCGCUAAUACCGCUGGCAGAAUGCCUUGCACCAACAUUGGAUACUCAUGAAACAUCAGCAGCUGGGGCUCAUUCCGUGACCCAAAUGACAGUCCUAAUGCGGGCUAAAGGUCUUCUGGAUGACAUUGUCCGAUCUGAAUAG